CAGAUCUCAGCACUCGGUACGACCAUGAAAAUCGAUAGACUUCACCGAUUGAAGAUGCGUAUGUAUACGCCAUAGUGACGUCACGGAGAAGUGUAGAACAGGAGUGUUUAUUAUGAGAAGUGGCAUACCGGCGUCGGCGUCAAUCUAGCGUUUCCCGACGAAGUUCAGCUACCUAGAGAUUUGCAUAGUGUGCGUGUCAAAACUUUAGAAGAUACGUUUCCUGGGUGUUGUGUAGUUCUGUGAGAGAUGCCAAACUAGUUUUAUUUUUGUUAAGAAAUGGGCGAUAAUUGGAACUUCCUUAGAAGGGCUUUCGUUGUUGACGAUAUUCCAGAAGACUUCGAUCCUUCUGCAGACCCAGUAGAUGGGGUGCAUUAUUUGCAGCAGGUUCGUUGGGAAGCUUCGCAAUGUGCCCCCGUGGUGACUGCAGUUAUUGAUGAGGAGAAACGGAAGAUCAGAGGUGUUGUCAAUGUAUUGCCUGAGUGUGAGAAGGUCCCUUCACAAUUCUUGCCAGAUAUGGAAUGGCAACAGCUACAAGUUGAGCACUUUUCAGCAGUGAGAAAGAGAGUAUCAAAAUACAGGAACAAAGAUCCACCACAAACCAGCAAUACGCAAGAAAGUGUACCAGAAAUAGGCGACGAGAAAGCUUGUGCAACGCGGAAUGGUUAUCGAAUUCGGAACAACUGUCCAAGAAUCAAGGAAGGUGGGUGUAUGCUUUAAUGGCAUGCAUAGAUUUGCCACUCACUAGAGAAAGUUGCAGCAGCCUUCGCGCGAUAGCGCGAGAAUGUGCAAGAAUUCGUGCUUAUGAAGUAAGUCAUACCGAAGAGCCUGCAGUAACACCACUAAAUCUUUUCAUCU